UAUGGUCUGUAAGCGAAGUGACUGUUUCUCAUGGAGGUUUAUUCGCAAUCCCUUUCAAUUAAAAAAACAAUAAACUGAAUGUCGCGUUCAGAGUGGGUACAAGAUACAAGAUACAUGAUAAUAAUAAAUUCUCACACCGUGAUUUAACGCAUUGGUUUUCGCCUAAAUUAAAGGACCUUAAAGCUUCAAUAUUGUGCAUACACUGUGCAUGAGACAAGUCGACAAUCUCCCCCGAUUGUCUUCAACCUUACAGGCAGAUAACGUUACUGGGAAAGCCCAUUUAGUGUUUUCUUUUGGUCUCUGCCUUGUUGAUAAUGCCGUCUGUCUAGGCAUCGGAAAUGUUUUGCCAAUCAGGCUAGGCUCCCUGAUGUCUGAUGUCACUGGUAUUAAACUUACUCGUAGUUAAAGUGCCGUUUGUACUGUUAACAGUCAUAAUGUCUUCUCCAGCGAAAAACUCCUCUUGUUCGGGGAUGUCUAAGUUGCAAACAAAUAUUUUGAUCGAUUGUUUGGGAAAAAAAUUCCGGGACAAUUCGGAAAUUCGUCCUCGUGUUAUCAACCAGGGCGGAUAAUGGCGCGAGCAUUCUUGAGCUCCGUGCUUUGUCAACUCCCAUGAAGCACAGUGGUUAAACCAAUAAAAGCGCUUGUUAUAUUGACAUUAAAUUAUAAAGACAAUUUAACUGACUUCUUGAAAUCAUGGCUCCACUUUUACAUUUUAUGAUGUCAUUUCUAUGCCCUAAAACUAUAAAGGUGUACGGCGUGAACAAGUGCGAUGGAUUUGUUCAAAUCAUGUGGUAUUGCAUAGAGAAUUGUGUCCUUACUCGUGCAUUUAAAUUUACCUUAUUUCGUUGAGGUAAAGGAUCUUUUUAAAGGUCCUUUAAAAAUUACAAGAGUUCAGAAUUAAGGUAUAAGGGAAUCAUCGCCCUGAAUGAUAGAAUUUUGUGUUGUUCUACAGUCUCAGAGAAAACUACGGUCGAGUUUUCUCCCUGAAACUUGGAAGCUACAAAUUCGUGAUGGCUUCAACUCCUGAGGCCGUUAAGGAAAUGCUCGUACAGAGAUCUGCUGAUUAUGCUGGAAGACAGCAGACAUACUUCUUCGAGAAGGCAACACUUGGAGGCAAGGGCCUUGUGUUAGGUAACUAUGGACCCGCCUGGAAGUAUCAUCGCAAGCUCUUUACAACAGCCUUGCGACAAUAUCUCUCUGAUAUUGGUCUCGUGGAAACGCGAGUCUCCACACAGGCCGAGAAACUAGUGCAUUUCAUGGAAGAACAAGAUGGAAAGCCUUUUGAUCCCGCAGAUUGCUUGCAACGCGUCGUUGCUGAUGUUAUUUGUGGAGUCACGUUUGGAGAAGGCUACGACACAACGAAUCCAGAUGUUAAUAAGCUUUUGAAACUUAACGUAGAACUUGUUGCAAAUACCGAUGAUUCUCAGAUAGUAGGCGUUUUAGAUUUCUUUCCUUUCGCAAAGUAUCUGCCUAUUAAGGCUUAUGAUCGCCUCCUCCAGAUGGUGCUAAGAAUUUUUGAUAUUAUUCGCAAACUUUUAAGAGAGCGAAAAGAAAACUUCGAUCCAGAGGAACCUGUGAAAGAUUUGAUCUCAGGUCUACUGCACGCCAGACAUCAAGAUUCUGAGAAUGAUGAAGUACGAGCAGCUUUUCUUUCCGACGACUACUUGUUGAAUACCGUCGAAGACAUGUUCAUUGCCGGCUUCGAAACCACAAGCACAACAAUGAAAUGGGCGAUAGCCUUUUUGGUCAAUUAUCCAAAGUACCAAGACGAUAUUCAGCUCGAGUUAGAUGAAGUACUUGGCGGACGGAAUCCCAGUUUGGAAGACCGAACAAAUCUCCCCCUCAUUCACGCGAUCAUCAUGGAAACGCUACGAGUUGGAAACGUAGUACCUCUUGCACUGCCCCAUUUCACUCUCCAAGAUACGACACUUUGUGGCUACCGCGUUCCCAAAGAUACCAUCGUGUUUGCUGACACAGAAUCUGUUCAUCUGGAUCCCAAAUGCUGGGAAAAUCCAACCGUGUUUAACCCUUACCGUCAUAUCGACGAGAAUGGUAAGUUAAUCACCAACCAAGGCAAUUUCUAUCCUUUUGGAGCGGGACGCCGUGUCUGUGCUGGUGAGCCCCUGGCCAAAGUUGAAUUGUUUUUGUUUCUUUCGUGGAUGCUUCAGAAGUUCACUUUCAUCGCUGAGGAAGAUGGUCAUCCACCCAGCUUGAAGGGAAUGUUUAGUGGCAUACAGUUUCCUGUUCCUUACAAGAUACGUGCAGUCAAACGGAAGUGACUGAGAUUGUUUCUUGGACGGUGGUUUUAGGAAUAGCGUAUGCUUUUACAGUAGGUUUAGAAGAGUUAAUGUAUAGGUAGCUGAGCAUGUAUUUUGAGAGAACGCUGAUAAUGAAAGUAGGUUUUACGCUUCUGAUACAUGUUAGAAUUCUUCCACGUGUUACGCUUUUGAAAGGCAAUUAGUCUUUUGAUUGUAUGUCCUUUACUCGUAGAAGAUUGACGGUAAUCAUGAUGGAUUACUUCAUAGACUACAGUUUGUUUGAAAAAGUGACCAUUUGGUUAGCCCUCAACCGAGUUGAGAUUCUUUGUAAGUUUACGAUCAAUUAGCGAUAUUUGUUUCUUUGGUGAAUAAGUACUAGAACUCUUUAUCAGUUUAUCAUACAAUCUGGCAUUAAACAUUGCUCCUUGCAAGAUACGUGCAAUCAAACGGAAGUCAACUGAGAGUGUUGGAUGGAGAAACUACCUUCUGGUGGUUUUAGAAAAAGUGGAAAUGUUUAAGUAGAUGCCGUUGAACCCCACCAUUUCGAAUUCUCAGGGGAAACGAAAAAUUGUUCGAAAUAGCAGGAGUUCGAAAUAAUGGAUAGUAAAUGACUGAAGGGAAAAUCCAGGGGAAAUGAUUUUGAGUUCGAAAUAACGGGGAAAUUGAAAUAAUCGGGUUCGAACUGGCGUGGUCCAACUGUAAGUAAAAGCGUUUACAUUUGCUGUAGAGGAGGUUCUGCAAUGAGCUGGAUUGGUAUUUUGAAAUUGUCCUGAUAAUGAAAAAACGUAAUUUUGCUUCUGUCACAUGCUAUGUGUCUUGCACGUGUUACGCUUUUGAAAGGCCAUUAGUCUUUUGAUUGUUUGUG